AUAUUCGUAGCACUAGAACAUUAAAAAAAGCUACACCUCCAUCGCUGCAGAUGGGGGCGCCUAGAAGAUGUGGAUUCUGCAUGACAGUGUACACCGUGUACAAGUUGAUAGUUCACAGCAGCAUCACCGGCCACCAAAACUCCGGGACGGUAAGGAAAACUUGCAUUUGAAAACGAUUGCAGAUUCCUGAUUCCUUUGAGUUGAGCAAAUGAGCAGAGAUACCACAUCGCCUGAGCUGAAAAUCGCUGAAACAUAUAAAACACCUAGGUGGUCUUAAACAAAUCCCACCUUGUUUCCUCCUCCAUCUCUUUCCUUCCUUCCUUCCUCAGAUCCAUUGUUCUCUUCCCAUUCACAAGCUGAGGCAGAGGAAGAGGAGAGGCUGAGGAAGGCAGAGUACCAGACAGAUAUCAUGGGGAUUCAGGCCGCCGAGGCGGCGGCCGGCGGCGACAGUCUGCUGGGUUUCUUGGGGAGGAAGAGCAGGUACGCGCGCAUGGACGACGUGCUUCCGCAAGAGCCGGAAGAAGACGGCGGUGGUGUCCGUGUUCGCGGCAGCGGCAGCUGCAGGAGAUACGUCUUUGCCUGCUCCGUCUUCGCGUCACUCAACCAUGUCCUGCUCGGCUACGACGUGGGUGUGAUGAGCGGUUGCAUUAUCUUCAUCCAGAAGGACCUCCACAUCACCGAGGUGCAGCAAGAAAUGCUCGUUGGGUGCCUCAGCUUCAUCUCCCUUCUUGGCAGCCUCGCCGCCGGCAGAACAUCGGACGCCAUCGGCCGGAAGCGGACCAUCGGCCUCGCCGCCGCCGUGUUCCAGGCCGGCGCGGCCAUCAUGACGUUCGCGCCGUCCUUCGCGGUGCUCAUGGCGGGCCGGCUGCUGGCCGGCAUCGGCAUCGGCAUCGGCAUCAUGGUCGCGCCGGUGUACAUCUCGGAGAUCUCCCCGGCGACGCUGCGGGGCUCCCUCGCGUCCUUCCCGGAGAUCUUCAUCAGCCUCGGAAUCCUCCUGGGUUACGUCUCCAACCUCGUCUUCGCGGGCCUGCCCGACCAUAUCAACUGGCGCGUCAUGCUCGGUGCAGGCAUCCUGCCCUCCAUCUCCGUCGCGUUCGUGCUGCUCGUGAUCCCGGAGUCACCGCGGUGGCUGGUGAUGCAGAACCGGGCUGGCGAUGCUCGUGCGGUGCUUCUCAAGGUCACUGACAGCGAGGAAGAGGCACAAGAAAGGCUCACCGAGAUCGAGGAGGCCGCGCGUAUCACUGCUUCCGGCAAGGCGGUGUGGCGGGAGCUACUGCGGCCGUCGCCGGUGAUCCGUCGGAUGCUGAUCACCGGGCUGGGCGUCCAGUUCUUCCAGCAGGCCACGGGCAUCGAUGCGCUGGUGUACUACAGCCCGACCAUCUUCCGGGACGCCGGCAUCACGCUGGAAAGCCAGCUCCUCGCCGCCACCGUCGCGGUGGGGUUCUCCAAGACGGCACUCAUCGUGAUCGCCAUCGUCCUAGUGGACCGCGUCGGCCGGAAGCCGCUCCUCUACAUCAGCACGAUUGGCAUCACGGCAUGUCUGGCCGUGCUAGCCGCGGCGCUCUCCCUGCUCGCGCGCGACGCGCUACCGAGAGGCGCGGCAAUCGGGCUUGCCAUCCUGACGGUGUGCGGCUUCGUGGCCUUCUUCUCGGUGGGGAUGGGCCCCAUCAACAUGGUGCUGAGCUCGGAGAUAUACCCGCUGCGGCUGCGAGCGCAGGCCGUGGGGUUGGGCUUCGCCUUGAACAGGAUGACGAGCGGCGCCGUGGCCAUGUCAUUCCUCUCCAUCUGCCGCGCCCUAUCCGUCGCCGGCGCGUUCACCGCAUUCGCGGCCGUCUCAGCGCUGUCCGUGGUGUUCGUGCAUCUGUUUGUGCCUGAGACGAGCGGCAAGACGUUGGAGCAGAUCGAGUCGCUGUUCGGUGGCGGCGGUGUGACGCCGGGCGAGGUGGAGCUUCGCGAUGCGGAGCGUCUGGUGCACAAGAGAUUAGUAUCGCACCCGUCGAGCUGAGUGGUGUAGCGAUUGGCGCGGCGUGCGUUUGCUAGCAAGAAACGUUUCGGAUUCCAGUCAGAAAAUCAGUGAAAUCCCUAUCAAGUGCCUUUGACAAUUGAUUCGAAUCUAAAACUAGAGAAUGUUUUUACAAAGCAGACUCUAGCGCCAACAGAACAAUUUUCUUUAUCUACAAAGCAGACUUUGA